AGACGCUACCAGGCUCAGUGAGAGGCAAGGACUUUUCAUCUUUAGGGCACUCUGACCGCGUCCUGCUUAAGAGAGAUUCUUCCCGGCAUCUCAGCGCUAUGGGGAACAGGUGCCUCCUGGUCCUGCUCUUGGGUCUCACUAUCUUACUGGUUCUGCCAGGAUCAGAAGCUGAGAAUUCUGGAGCUUUCUGUCCUCCAUGCCCUAAAUACGCCAAGUGCCACAACAGCACCCACUGCACCUGUGAAGACGGCUUUUGGGCCAGGUCUGGCAGGACAUACUUUCAUGAGUUCUCUGAGAAGUGUGAAGAUAUUAAUGAAUGUGAGACCGGGCUGGCAAAGUGCAAGUAUAAAGCUUAUUGUAAAAAUAAAAUUGGAACUUACAUCUGUAGCUGUUGGGUAAAACAUCCUAUCCUCAACUGGCUAGCUGGUUUUAUAGAUUAUAAUUUUCCAGAUUGUUAUGAGGAUGAUAGUCAAGGGACACAGGCAAAAGUGGAUAUUUGGGAAAAUCUGAGAAGAAAUGGAAGCAGAGAGGACAUUGCAAGAGAGGCUACUCAACUAAUUCAGAGCGUGGAGUUGAAGAUCUGGAAUGACAGUUUUGCUUCUCCAGGAAAGGGUCGAAUUUCUGACUUAGAUGUAGUUUAUGAAACCAAGAGGUGUAAUGAAACAAGGGAGAACGCUUUUCUGGAAGCUGGAAAUAACACCAUGGAUAUCAACUGUGCUGAUGCUUUUAAAAGAACCCCAAGAGAGAGCACUGCAGUUGCCCUCAUCACGUUUCAAUCUCUUGGGGAUAUUCUGAAUGCAUCCUUUUUUAGUAAAAGAAAAGGGAUGCAGGAAGUAAAACUGAACUCUCAUGUUGUGAGUGGCAGCAUCGGUUUGAAGGAAAAAGUGUCCCUGUCUGAACCUGUGUUCCUGACUUUUCACCAUAAUCAGCCUAGUGACGAGAGAACAAAACAUAUCUGUGUCUACUGGGAGGGAUUGGAGGGAGGCAGCUGGUCCACUGAGGGCUGCUCUCGUGUGUGCAGCAACGGCUCUUACACCAAAUGCAAGUGCUUCCAUCUGUCCAGCUUUGCCGUCCUCGUGGCUCUUGCCCCCAAGGAGGACCCUGUGCUGACUGUAAUCACCCAGGUGGGGCUGGCCAUCUCUCUGCUGUGCCUCUUCCUGGCCAUCCUCACCUUCCUCCUGUGCCGGCCCAUCCAGAACACCAGCACCUCCCUCCACCUACAGUUCUCCCUCUGCCUCUUCCUGGCCCACCUCCUAUUCCUGACGGGCAUCAACAGAACUGAGCCUGAGGUGCUGUGCUCCGUCAUUGCAGGGCUGCUGCACUUCCUCUACCUGGCAUGCUUCACCUGGAUGCUCCUGGAAGGGCUGCACCUCUUCCUCACCGUCAGGAACCUCAGGGUGGCCAACUACACCAGCAUGGGCAGAUUCAGGAAGAGAUUCAUGUACCCUGUAGGCUACGGGAUCCCAGCUGUGAUAAUUGCUGUGUCUGCAAUAGUCGGACCCCAGAAUUAUGGAACAUUUACUCACUGUUGGCUCAAGCCUGAUAAAGGAUUCAUCUGGAGCUUCACGGGGCCAGUGGCAGUCAUUAUCUUGAUAAACCUGGUGUUCUACUUCCAAAUUCUGUGGAUUUUGAGAAGCAAACUUUCCUCCCUCAAUAAAGAAGUUUCCACCAUUCAGGAUACCAGAGCCAUGACAUUUAAAGCCAUUGCUCAGCUAUUUAUCCUGGGCUGUUCUUGGGGCCUUGGUCUUUUUAUGGUUGAAGAAGUAGGGAAGACGAUUGGAUCAAUCUUUGCAUACUCAUUCACUAUCAUCAACACUCUUCAGGGAGCAUUGCUGUUUGUGGUACACUGUCUCCUUAAUCGCCAGGUGCGAAUGGAAUACAAAAAAUGGUUUAGUGGGAUGAGGAAAGGAGUAGAAACUGAAAGCACUGAGAUGUCUCGCUCUACUACCCAAACCAAAACGGAAGAAGUGGGGAAGUCCUCAGAAUUCAUUCAUAAAGGAGACACUCCAUCAUCAUCUGCAGUUUCAAGCAAGCAACCACAGCCACAGGUUCAUCUUGUCUCUGUUGAUUGGCUAAAGAUGAACUGACCUGGCAAAUGCCAUGGCAAUGACCCGGAAGUUAUCACUGCUUUCCGUUUGUCUACGGCGCCCCUGUGGUCACACACAGAUUGGACAAAUGCUACUAUUUCUAGCUUUCCUGUGAAAAGUCCAGGCUCACUCACCUAUUUUGGCUUUUUAUCUUCAUAGAAAGAACAAGACAUUUGGGAGAAUUCUUAGAUCCGGAGUCCAAUAGUGUGGCACAUGCAAUGAAGUGUCUGAAGGAUGCAUUUUAAAGAUGGUGGGCGGGAGAAGUGGAUUUUCUUCUUGCAGCUACUGCCGCCUUGCCAGAAAAUCACUAACUGGAAUCUGGAUUCAGCUCAUAGUUCCCUUUCUGGCCUCUCUGCUGUAUUUUAUGCUCCCAAAGAUCUUACAUCGUCACUCCACAUUCACAUAAUUCAGCAAUUUCCAUGCGGUUCAAUAUUAAAGAGGGUGUUGCAUUUCGCAAUACAAAAAGGUAUCAUCAUUUCAGCUUAGGGGCGCAUUGUCAUUGGACAGGCUCUUUUGUCCAAGACACUGGCAUUUUCUCCAUUUUCUUUGCCUGAGACUGUUUUUUUUUUUUUU